AACUGACUCCAGACGCCCACAUGGCGGGAAUACUACUGUGCUAAAGAGUGCUAGGCGUGCAAAACCAUGUCAAGGCACGAGUUAAUAGUGCCAGAUCACGGAUGUUGAGGGGGAUGACGCGGGGGCGAUAAGACGGUGGUUAUGUCUCAGGGAAAUUCAUACUUUGAAGGUGUUGUCGCGUACUUGACUUUUUUGUAAAUCGUUUGCCUUGUCGUGGAUUGAGCGUGCUGUCGCCAAAAAGAGGCCUCAUAGACGAACACAACUGAUAUUGAUACAUACAACCUUGGGAGGACAGUCAAUAAAGCCGACCGUGUUGGUCGCAACACCCACGCCAAAAUGGGGAUGGAUAUGAAUAUGGGGAUGGGCAUGGACAUGAGCUCCGACAGCGCCGCCUUUGUCGACACGAACUCGUCCAUGGCGCGCAGCUACUGGUAUAUCAUCGCCGCCGUCCUAGGAUUCACAGCUCUUCUCCGCAUCUUCCAGAUCGCAGAGACACGCACAAGACUCCGCCUCGCAAAACUCCGCGCCGUCGAACACCCCACCCAACCUCGCAACGCCCUCGCCCAAGCCCUCGCAACAGGCAGCGCCAUCCUCCGCGAAAUCGCCGGCCCAAAAUACCACAUCAACAACCGCUGGGCAUCAUGGCUGAGCCCGCCCUCCCUGGGCCGCAGCCUCAUCAUCGUCAUCUACAUGGCCGUCAUCCUCUACAUGCUCCUAUGGCACUCCAUCACCUUCGACGCGUACUACUACGAAAAGAUUGCUUUCCGCGCGGCGUGGGUGUCGGUCACGCAGGUGCCGUUUGUGUAUCUGCUGGCGUCGAAAGCGAGUCUCAUUGGCUUGUUGUCGGGGAGCUCGCAUGAGAGGAUUAAUUGGCUUCAUAGAUGGGUGUCGAGGACUCUGCUUGUGACGGUUACUGUCCACGGCGGUUUCUUCUACGUUGAGUGGUACAGGGCUGAUUUGGUGGAGGUGGAGCUGCAGAUGAUGACGAUGGUGAAAUAUGGAAUUGGGGCAUGGGCGGUUCUGGCGUGGACAUUCCUCACCUCCCUAACGCCAAUCCGGAGCUUCUCCUAUGAGCUGUUCGUUCUCCAGCAUAUUGCGGCGGCAGCGGUGUUUUUAUGGCUCCUGUGGAUGCACGUCCCGUCCUACGCGCAAUACAACAUUUGGUUUGCGAUCGCAGCACUCGUGUUCGACAAGCUAGCCAUGUACGCCUGGACGGCCUGGACGAACGCCCCUGCGUCUGGGAAGACGGGAAGCGGACUAUCGAAGUUCAUCGGACACCGUGCGGAGAUCAGAGCUGUGAAUGAUGAGAUGACGGAAGUCAUCGUCCACGAUGUACAGUUUAAAUGGGCUGCUGGUCAGCACAUCUACCUCCGCAUCCCCUCUAUUGGACCUCUGGAAGCACACCCCUUCACCAUCGCCAGCGCCUGCCCCGACACCUCCAGCGCGUCUUCGAUACAGCUUCUCAUCGAGAAGAGGGGGGGGUUCACAAAGCGCCUUCACGCGGCUGCUACGAAGCAACAAAAGAAUGGCGUCACAGCAAUCAUCACCGGACCCCUCGGCCGACCACCAACCUGGGCCGCCUUUGAGACUUUAAUCCUAAUAUCCGCUUCAACGGGGAUUACAUUCACCCUCCCCAUCCUCGAAAGCAUAGUCAACAACACAGACGGCCUAACCUGCGUCCGCCGCAUCGAGAUGCUGCACGUAGUCCGCAAACGCGAUUCAACAGACUGCUACAUCGAGCGGAUUAAAACCGCCAUCACGGCCGCGGAACGCGCUGGUAUCGCGCUGACUGUUCGGAUCGCUGUGACGUGUGGGACUUCGACAGGGACGAAGAGUUGUUGUGGAUCGAAUUGCCAGUGUCAUAAUUUUGAGAUGGCGCCGAAUCUCGCUGUUGAAGUGUCUAACACCACCGCCGCAGCAGCAGGAGCAGCAAGCCAAAAAUCCGAUAUCGAAAAGGGGAUAAUCCCCAUCGAGACCAAACCCAUCACCGAAACCUCCUCCCUCUCCAUCACCCCCAGCACAGAGAAGGGCGACAUCACCUCAACCAUUAUCUCCCGCCCCUCGUCCUCCGCGCGCACCAACUCCGAAACUACGUCGUUAAAACCAACAAAUCGGCAGAUCAUAUACUCCUCCUCCCGCCCCGACGUAGGGUCGUUCAUAAGGAGACCCGUGGAGGCGACGGCGGGGGAGACGCAAGUUGCUGUUUGUGGAGGGAAGAGCAUCGUGGCUUGUGUGAGGAAUCAUGUUGCUGCGUUGUCGGAUGAGAGGGGCGUGCAUAAGGGGACGGGGGCGCAGGGGAUUGCGUUGUUUACGGAGCAUUAUUGUUUUUAGAAGAGGGGGGAGGGGGGAUGAUUAUGAUGACUGAUGAAUUGGGAAUGGUUUUUUUGGGGGGAAGAUACUGUAUACUGCACUGCAUAUACUGCACCGGAGAAAAUGGGAUGGCGUUGAAAGGAUUGGAAUGGAUGGAUAUGGAUAUGGCAUACCCCUGAAUGGAAUCGAUGGAAUGUAGGCAGAUACUAUAGUUUUACUUACUGCCUUUCCCGGACCUCCAUCUGGCAUAAUAUCCAAUGGAGGUCCGGUAAACCCGGUGAAAAAACUAUCAUACACAUCAUGUACAAUGCAGAUAUUUUACAAAGAAAACCUUCUUUAUUACUACACCCAUCACUAACGAGAUAUGUGGCUUAAAUCGCAUCCAGAAAGAGGGGCGCGCGGCGAUGCAAGAUAUAGGUACACUGCACUGUACUGUACAUACCCUUUAACACGUCAUGUGCUGCCAGCACGCUCGCUGCUGACUGACGCUUGGCUG